UUAUUUUGACUUUGUUUGCUUGGGAUUGUUGUUGGACUGUUUCACAUAAAUGAAUAUUUGCACAAAAAUAAAAUCAAAUUUAUUACUUUUAAACGACGACCGUCGUAUUCUUGAUUACGUUUGUCCUAAAUGCGACAAUAUUUUAGGAGAUCCUGCCAAGACUAGCUGUGGACACUGGCUGUGCAAGGGUUGUGCCGAAGAGCUUGUGAAGAGAAAUGCAGCUUGCUGUGUCUGUGAAACAGAUCUUGUUGACGGAGAUGGAGAGAUACAAUUCACACCUGACAAGUUUUUGCGUGAGGAGAUAUGCUCUUUAUUCAUCAAAUGUCCAAACAAUAAGUUUGGUUGUGGCUGGGUUGAUACAAUCGGUGCUCUUUCUGAACAUGUCAGCUGCUGCAUGCACAGAAAACAAGAAUGCCCUCAUUGUAAUGAAGAUUUUGCUAUGACAGAGGUUAAUAGUAUAUAAUUAUUUUGAAAUGAACACAGCAUUAAUUUCCUUAUAAAGAAGUGAAAGAAUUCUUUGGGUCUUUUACUUCCUUUUAUGGAAAGGUAUGACUUGUUAAACUUAUAUAGCUACCCACAAAAUACUUUUUAUACCCACAUUGUCUAAACUUUAUGAAAUGUGUUUGUCCACAUUUGUCUGAAUUUUCAAUGUUUUUUAGUAUCAGCCACAUGUUGAUGAAUGCCCAAAGAUGAUGGUCACGUGUCCUUUGAAAGAUCAUGGAUGCAAGGAAACGAAUGAAAUGACUAAAGAGGAAUG